GUCACUCAUAGGGGUCCUUCCGCUGCUCUCUGCACGAGCACGUGGAUCUCCACAGUAGAAGAGCAGCGCGAGACGUUUCUUUCGUUACCGGAUCGGCGAUGAUGGGCGGCAGAUCGAGUGCGAUUGCCGCGGGCGUCUGCGGCGCGAUGUUCAUCGGGUAUUGUAUCUAUUUCGACAGAAAACGACGAAGCGAUCCGAACUUCAAAACCAGACUGCGCGAACGUAGGCAAAAGCAAAGAGCUGCUGGAGAAACAUCUGGACUUGGCCAGUUACCAGAUCUAAAAGAUGCCGGAGCCGUGCAGAAGUUUUUCCUUGAAGAGAUUCAGUUGGGAGAGGAAUUAUUGGCGCAGGGAGACUUUGAGAAGGGUGUGGAUCACCUGACCAAUGCCAUUGCUGUGUGCGGUCAACCCCAGCAGCUUCUCCAGGUGCUACAGCAGACGUUGCCAGCACCUGUGUUCCAAAUGCUUCUUACAAAGCUACCGUCAAUCAGCCAGCGAAUAGUAAGUGCUCAAAGCCUAGAAGAGGAUGAUGUCGAAUGAGUGUUUCUCAUGAUGCUCAGGUGUGUGGACCUACUGAACAAAACAUCAGCCUGUCAUGUGAAGUGAUUGUGUAUCCCAACUGUCUUUUUUUCUUCAUGAUGCUUACCGUAUUUUUGGUUCUGCACUUUGCUUUGUAGUUUGCGUUAUCAGUUCAUUUACAUAGGGUGAAUGUUAUAUAAUUCCAGGAGUGAUCUAAAUGACAACUUUAAAUUAGAGGCUUUAUGUUUUCAAGCGAGUUAAAACAUUGUCUACUGAUGCUUGACUGUGUGCAUUAAAGGUCAUUUUAUAUGUUAUGGACUCAAGUGUCAUUUUAGACUCUGUUCAUCCACAUGUUAGUAGUUUAAUGCAUAUGGAUCGCUCUUCAGAGUUAUGUUCUUCUAUUCAAAUCACUUUUUGAAAUGUAUGAAAUUGUUUUGUAAUUUGUAUAAAGAUUUGCCUUUUGUAUUCAUAAAAAUAAAACGUAAUCAAUACA